AUGUCGGACGUGUCAGUGCAGCUUACGGCUCCUAAUGGUCGUACUUGGACUCAGCCGACGGGCUUGUUUAUCAACAAUCAAUGGGUGAAGUCCUCGGAUGGCGACAAGAUUGCUAGUAUCAACCCAGCAACCGCUAAAGAGAUCACUUCCGUGCAUGCUGCAUCAGCCCAGGAUGUCGACGACGCCGUCAAAGCAGCUCGUGCGGCCUUGAACGAUCCCAGCUGGCGCGACCUGCCGGCCUCUGAUCGCGGCAAGUUGAUGAGCCGGCUGAGCCAGCUCAUUGAGGAAAACCGAGAGACCCUGGCGACAAUCGAGACUUGCGAUAAUGGCAAGCCAUACAGCGUCUCGCUGAACGACGAUAUGACCGAGGCCGCCGAAACCAUUCGGUAUUAUGGUGGCUUUGCUGAUAAGGUGUUUGGGCGGGUAAUUGACACCACCCCGGACAAAUUUGCGUAUACUGUGCGCGAGCCGGUUGGGGUGUGUGGGCAGAUUAUUCCAUGGAAUUUCCCCCUUGCAAUGGCCGCCUGGAAACUAGGCCCUGCACUGGCCUGCGGGAACACCGUGGUGCUCAAACCCGCCGAACAGACCCCUCUUUCAAUCCUGUUCCUAGCCAAUCUAAUCGCCAAAGCCGGCUUCCCUCCCGGCGUGGUGAAUAUCGUUAACGGCCACGGUGCCAUAGCCGGAGCAGCUCUGGCAUCGCACAUGGAUGUCGACAAGAUCGCAUUCACAGGCAGCACAGCCACCGCGAAACACAUCAUGAAGAUGGCCAGCGGGAACCUGAAGAACAUCACUCUGGAAACCGGUGGCAAGAGCCCUCUGAUUGUCUUCAACGACGCCGACCUCGAGCAGGCAGUCGAGUGGGCCCAUAUCGGGAUCAUGUACAACCAGGGCCAGAUCUGCACGGCCACGUCGCGGAUCCUGGUGCAGGACGAGAUCUACGACCGGUUCCUCGAGGCCUUUAAGGCGCAGGUCAAGAAUGUGUCCAAGGUCGGAGAUCCGUUCGACGAGAGCACGUUCCAGGGCCCGCAGGUGACCCAGGCUCAAUAUGACCGGAUUAUGUCGUUCGUCGAUGUGGGCAAAUCUGAAAAGGCCACGCUUGAGGUUGGCGGGAAGCCCUUUACGGGUGUGGGCGAUGACAAGGGGUUCUUUGUUGAGCCGACGGUUUUCACGAACGUGUCGCCGAAGAUGCGCAUCUAUCAGGAAGAAGUCUUCGGUCCGUUCGUGGUCAUUGCUCGGUUCAGUACCGAGGAGGAUGCUAUCGAGAUGGCCAACGAUAGCACUUAUGGGCUUGGUAGCGCUCUCUUCACAACGAAUCUCACGCGUGCCCAUCGCGUUGCGAAGAAAAUUGAAGCGGGCAUGGUGUGGGUCAAUUCGAGCAAUGAUAGCGACUGGCGCAUUCCGUUUGGCGGUGUGAAGCAGAGUGGCAUUGGUCGCGAGCUGGGCGAGGCUGGGUUGGAUGCAUAUUCUAGCAUCAAGGCCGUGCAUGUCAACAUGAAGUCAAAGCUUUGA